AUAUCCUGCUCUCCAGUGCCAUAUGUUCUAGCGCCGAGGAUCGACGUGAUCCCCGAGAGUAGGGCUAUAGAUGAUGGAAGCAAAGCUCUUUGGGCUGCCGUGGAGAUUUCCACUCAGCUCUGCCAAGCUACCGGGGCGGGCGAGUACAGACAAGAUCCAGAGCGCUUUCAUACAGCUGUCUUGGAAUAUGGCUGCCUUCGCGACGUCAGUGUGAGGGUGACCUCAACCCAAAACAGUUCGAUCAUCGAAGUCUUAGAAGAUAAAUCUGCAUCAACGUGGGUCCAAGUAUUUUGUGGAAGCGUUCAUGCUGCUAAUAUGACCGCUAGCACUCUAUAUCCAGGCUCUAAACUUCUUGUGCUUGCCCAUGUGCAGCUGGCCCCCACGGUGUCUCCUUAGAGGAAGGGACACGGGAGGCACAACUCGGAGGAAUUGAUGCGGGAUCUCGAAUGUCAGCUGGGGGAUACAACGACCGAGUAUCUAAGCAUACAGGUGACGUUUUGCCAUUCUGGAUUUCCCCAGGUGGAUAGGCUACUCUCCUCAGCCGGUGUUACUCGUAUACACACCAGAGUCGAGACUCGUGCAGUCGCCGUCAUCAAACGACACAACACGUCCUCUCUAUGGUCCCCCCGUCCGGUUCCACAGACCAACCCAUUAUUUGCGAUAAUCGCAUCCAACUGGGGCGCCGAUGCUGCUAACGAUGUGAUGCACCGCAUCCACACUUCGCGGUCCACGCCGCGGAAAGCUGCAAAUGCUGACCGGCUACCUGAGUCUGGGCACGUAAGCCCGUUGGGCACGGAUGAAAGUAUCAAGCCGACGGUCCCCUGGCCAGGGCCGCCUGUUCCAGUACGGAAGACAAGCCUCCAACGAUGUCCCAUGGCACUGGGCCGGGAAAAGCGAUCAGCAACUCCGGAAGUGGUUAUCACAGACACUGACGAUGACGCCGACAGCGACCCGGCGCGCAAGAUCUGGAGCGAGAUGCGGCGCCUGUCAACCAGGGGUAAGCCUACUCGCCACGUCAGGCCCAGAGGAGGAGGCCUGCCUUCCCUGACGGCAUUUCCGUCACUGACUACGAUGGGGACUCGGAGAAAAUCCGGCAAGCACGUCGGUCUGGUUAGUGCCACCCAUGCGACGAGGGAGGCGGAGACAACACAGCGGGUGGGAAUCCGCGAACAGACUCCCGUAAAUAAGGAGACUGUGGAGACAUCGAGAGAACGGGUGCCUACCGCGACGGGGAUGCCGCUCGACGGGAUGGCAGCAGAUGGACAGUCGGGUGGGAAAGGACAGUCGCGAGGUUACAGUCUGAUGUCGAGGGCGAAUAAUGGCAGCACAAGUAGUAGGAAAGAAAAGGAAACUAGUCGCUGGGGGUGGGGGGUUUGGUGGCAAUAGAGCUUGGCUAUAGCCAGACUGAUAGAAUAGGUAGCUAGACAAAUACAUACCCAUGGCCCAUGGGAUUUUUCGCUCAUCCUCCAGGCCGGUCCCGUUUCUGCAUGAUCAUUACCU